UAGUAUUUUAAUUGCAAUUUGGCGAUUUUAAAUUUGCAUUUUAGAAGAAAGUGAGUAAUUUAGAAUGGGAAUUGAUAAGUUUAUGAGUGCGCGUGCUAAUGCGCGUUUCGCAACGCUCUAUAAUGCCACCAUAAAUGAGCUGGAGAGUAUUACAAAAUUUAGCCAUCUGGAGUUGUCAAGUAUUUUGAUAGUCUAUUAUAAAUUUGUGCGACAGAAUGGUGCGAGGGCGCGUUAUAUGACCCGACUUCAGUUCAUCAGCUUCUUUUUGUUGUUCUCCGAGAACUAUGACAUGCGAAUCGUUCAUCGUGUGGCAUAUUUGGUUGGCGAGGGAAAGCAAUUCAUAAAACCGACGGCUUUUGUGAAAUAUCUGACAAUUAUCUUCGGUCACGAUUUGGAAGAGCGAUUGGCGUUUGCCUUUAAGGUGUACGACACCCGCAGUGAAGGAAUCUUGAGCGGUGCAGUCUUGGCAGCUGCUGUUGAAAAUUUCUUCACCGAGGGCGAAGAAGAUGAACUGACCGCAAUGCGUUCGGAUAUGGUGGAAAUUUUGCUGAAGAAGUUUGAUAAGUAUAGCGAAGGCGGUGGGUCCAUAACUUUCGAUCGCUAUCGAAAUGUUGUGCUCAAAUCGCCUGACCUAUUGGAAUUCUUGGGCAAAAUAUAUCCAUCGCGGAGUCAAGCAAUAUUGAUUGCGCACUGUAUGAAUAUUUUGACUGAAAUCCCCAGAAUGACGUGCAAGUAACCUAUUGCAUAAAAAUCUAAUAAAAAUGGAAAACAUGUUAACAUAAAAUUGCAAAGCUUGAAAAAGAAAGGAAAACAAUUGAAUAAAUCAAAUGUAAUACAUUCAUAGAA